AUGGCAGUGGUGGCAGCAAGAGCACAUGCAGUACCCAGGGCUUCGUGUGAACCAGAAAUGGCACUUAAGCGUUCCAUCUUGUUAUCAAAACUGAGAAGGAUGUCUUGGAUCUCCUACCAAGAUGAUGUGGGUCGAGCUUCAAUGAGGACCACUAUCGAUAUGUACUCCAUAUCCAAGCCAGACAGAACACUGAACCAAUCUUCAUCUCUUUCACUCUCUGUCUCAUUUUCCCCUAUAUUCAUUCAAAAUUUUCUGAUCGACGACAAUGGUUGCGAACCGCCUUGCUCCAUCGUUCGAACCCCCAACUUGGAUCGUCAGGUUCUUACAACAUUGUCCUCCGAAGAAGAUGAGGAUAUUAUUAAAUCGGUAAUGGAGGGUAAGGUGUCGUCCUACUCGCUAGAGUCCAAGAUCGGAGACUGUAAGAGAGUCACCGCGAUUCGACGUGAGGUGCUUCAGAGGACGGAGGGAAGGUCGCUCCAGGGUUUGCCUUUGGAAGGGUUCGAUUACGAAUCUAUUUUGGGGUAGUGUUGAAAAAUACCUGUUGGGUACGUCCAGAUUCUAGUGGGGAUCGCGGGUCCAUUGUUGCUCGAUGGGUUCGAGUAUUCGGUGCGGAUGGUGACUACGGAGGGUUGUUUGAUUGCGAGUACAAACAGAGGUUGCAAGGCUAUCCAUUUGUCUGGUGGGGCUACCAGCGUGUUGUUGAGAGACGGCAUGACUAGAGCACCGGUUGUGAGGUUUAAUUCUGCCAAAAGAGCUUCCGAGUUGAAGUUCUUCUUGGAGGACCCUGAAAAUUUCGAGACACUUUCCAUCAUCUUUAACAGGUCUAGUAGAUUUGCCAGGCUCCAGGGUAUUCAGUGCGCGAUUGCUGGAAAGAAUGUGUAUAUCAUAUUUACCUGCAGCACGGGAGACGCCAUGGGGAUGAACAUGGUUUCAAAAAGAGUUCAGAAUGUUCUUGAUUUCCUUCAAAACGACUUUGAUGACAUGGAUGUUAUUGGCAUAUCUAGUUAGUUUUUUUUUUUGGAU